AUGGUAGAGGACCUGUCUACACAAGCCUUUCUAGCAGCUGUAAGACGAUUCUUUGCACGUAAAGGUAAAGCUACGGACCUGUACUCUGAUAACGCUACUAACUUUGUCGGUGCUAAAAGAGAAAUCGAUGAGCUUCACAAUUUAAUAAUGUCUGACGAACCAUCGAAAAUAAUCUUCUCCACAUUAGCAAGUCAGAAUAUUAACUGGCAUUUCAUUCCGCCCCGAUCUCCGCUUUUUGGAGGACUAUGGGAGGCGGCCGUGAAAUCUUGCAAACAUCACCUAAUUCGCGUAGUGGGAACUACAUUGCUUAGUAUUGAAGCUUUUUUAACCUAUUUAGUUGAAAUAGAAGACAUCUUAAAUUCGAGACCCAUCCUACCCUUGUCCUCAGAUCCCAACGACCUAAAGGCUUUAAACCCAGGUCAUUUCCUGAUUGGCGAGCCUCUAACAAGCAUGCCUGAACAUGACCUACGCGAAAUAGCACCUACCAGAUUAGCGUGUUGGGAAAAAAGUGAACAGAUGAGACAACACUUCUGGUCUCGCUGGUAUAAGGAGUAUCUGCACACGCAAACUGUAAAGAAAAAAUGGCAUACCGGACAACCCGACGUCAUCAAUAUCGACACCCUCGUUAUUAUGAAAGAGGACAAUACACCUCCUAUGCAUUGGCCUCUGGCACGCAUCACCAAGAUUCAUCCCGGAGCGGACGGAAUCAUCCGAGUAGUAACCGUCAAGACCACUACAGGCGAAUAUAAGCGAUCAAUUAAAAACUUAUCACCUUUACCCAUAGAUAUUAAGUAA